AGGGAAUUCCUAUUUCAAGAAAUGAUAGAUGGCCCGGUUGUCACCUAAUAAAUCCAAAUAACUCUGACAGCUUUCCUCACAAGUGGACAUUCAUGUCGCCUUUGACCGACUGCUCAUGAUUCAGCCUCUUUUACAGUCUAUGCUGUCUUUUAUAUUCGAUUUAAAUAAGCCAAGCCCACGCCUCCUUCCGGGUGUGCCUGUCAUCCCAUACCUUGCGCCUAAUUAUCUUGAGCGAGUUUAUAGUACUGUUAAUGACAAUGGAUCCAUCAGGUUGCAUCUACCUUUGGUCGUGGCGGAUGAUGGCGUUUUGGGUAUAUUUGUUCCUGCAUGUGCAUUAGAAGAGCACGGUGUUUGCCCUAAUUUAGCGGCUCAGGCUGUUGGUAAAAUGUGGCGCAACAGUGUUAUUGCAAGUCGGACUGUUUUUUGGUGGAGUGGCCGUAGCAUUUGUCUCCCCGCCUCGCGCGUGUCCCCUUCUAUAAUGCCAUCACGACCAACAGCCCAACGAUCGCAGAGCAGGUCGGCGCUGAAACUUUUAUCGACGCCUGGGCAUUAGUUGCGCCGGGUAGUCCUGCGUUGGCCGCGAAAUUUGCGGAAACCGCAAGCUCUAUCGGCCACGGCAGUGAAUCGGUUUACGCGGUAAAGUUACUGGCCGCCAUGGAGGCCGAGGCGUUUGUUUGGAAAGACGUCAAUCGUCUUUUGGAUGUAGGUCUCAAUUUUGUGCCUGCCGAUUCACUUGUUGCUCGGCAUAAAGAUCCGACUGAUGAAUGAGGUCCUCCAGAUUAUAUGAAACUGCUGUAUAGUAGAUAGCAUUAAGCUAGGUCUUAACUUCCCUGAACAGACCAUGUGUUCCUAGAACCAAGAAUAUCACUUCCUGAGAAUGGUCAGAUAAGCCCUUGGAGUUGAAUGUUCAUAAGCUGGCCAGUUUGGCACCCAGGAUCCACAAGAAGAAAGUUUUCCAAGAGUGAUAUCCCGCAGAAUAGCGAGAACCAUUCACUCGAGAUAAAAAAGAACUAAAUCC